UUUCUCGCAAGUCUCAAAUACCAAUUCUAAGGAGUGCACGAAACGAAAAAAAAAAACCCACCAAUUCUAAGGUUUGAGUGUUUGACCCGCCCAUAUAAUAAAAUAAUACCCGGGUCAUUUCUACACUUGAGACUUGACGAUUGUAACAUCAGUAUUAUACCUGCUCUUCUUUCUUCAUUCAUAUUCAUCCACCUUCUCUAAAACUCUCUUCUUUCUCUCUCCAAAUUCCCAGAAAAUUACCCAUUUUUCUUCGAUUCAGCCAUGACGUUUCCUUAUCUGGAAGCCGUCGUUGGUUUUAUGAUACUGAUGUAUUUCUUUGAAACCUAUCUGGAUUUACGUCAACAUUCUGCUCACAAGUUACCGACACUCCCCAAACCUUUGGAAGGAGUGAUUAGCCAAGAGAAAUUUGAGAAAUCCCGGGCAUAUAGUCUUGAUAAAAGUGCCUUCCAUUUUGUUCACGAGUUUGUAACUAUAGUGUUAGAUUCAGGAAUUUUAUACUUUGGGAUACUCCCAUGGUUCUGGAAUAAAGCGGGAGACUUUUUAGUGUAUGCAGGCCUUAAUGCUGAAAAUGAAAUAUUGCACACCUUGGCUUUCUUAGCUGGUGUUAUGAUUUGGUCACAGAUCACUGAUUUGCCAGUUUCUCUGUACUCAACUUUUGUGAUUGAAGCUCGCCACGGGUUUAAUAAGCAAACUGUAUGGUUGUUCUUUAAAGAUAUGGUGAAGAGUAUAGUUCUUGCAAUUGUGAUUGGACCUCCUAUCGUGUCUGCAAUGAUUGUCAUUGUACAGAAAGGUGGCCCGUACUUGGCUAUCUACCUCUGGGGAUUCAUGUUUGCUCUGUCUAUUGUGAUGAUGACCCUCUAUCCUGUUCUGAUUGCUCCUCUUUUUAACAAAUUCACCCCGCUUCCUGAAGGAGAGCUAAGGACGAAAAUUGAGGAGCUCGCCUCUUCACUGAAAUUUCCUUUAAAGAAAUUAUUUGUGGUGGAUGGAUCAACCAGGUCUAGCCAUAGCAAUGCUUACAUGUAUGGUUUCUUCAAUAACAAGCGUAUUGUCCUCUACGAUACAUUGAUUCAGCAGUGCAAGGAUGACAAGGAGGUUGUUGCGGUUAUUGCACAUGAACUAGGGCACUGGAAACUCAAUCAUACCAUGUAUUCUUUCAUUGCUGUCCAGAUUCUUACUUUAUUGCAAUUUGGAGGAUAUACUCUUGUGAGAAAUUCAAAGGACCUGUUUGAGAGUUUUGGAUUUCAUGGUGUACAGCCGGUGCUCAUCGGUCUAAUCAUUUUUCAGCACACUGUGAUACCUCUCCAGCACCUUGUAAACUUUGCCCUGAAUCUUGUCAGCCGCUCUUUUGAAUUUCAGGCUGAUGCUUUUGCGAAGAACCUAGGAUAUGCAAAUGAGCUCAAGGCCGGUCUUGUAAAAUUGCAGGAAGAGAACUUGUCAGCUAUGAAUACAGAUCCGUGGUACUCAGCUUAUCACUAUUCUCACCCACCCCUAGUCGAAAGAUUGGCAGCACUUGAUAAAACCGACAAGAAAGAAGAUUGAAUGAAGUGCAACUGAGGCCAGAGAAUAUACUCAGGUGUAUGUAGCACAACUUUUGCCACAAUUUGAACUGUUAGUCUGUUUAUCAGACUUCCACUAACUUAGACUUGUAUCUAUGCUCCAGAAAGUUACCAUUACAGGGUUUGAUGGGGGAAGAAUCAGGGGAAAAAAUGUGGGGUUGUUUUGGGAAAUACGUGUAUGAAUUUUGUCAUAGUUCAAAUUAAUGGUCAUAGUUCAUUGUUCUUGGUGUUGUGCA